CACUCCAACACCUACUACAUGAGGACCUUCGGACACAACACCAUCGACGCGGUGCCCAACAUCGACUUCUACCGGCACACCGCCGCGACUCUCGGGGAGAAGCUCAUCCGGCCGUCGCUGUCGGAGCUGCACGAUGAACUCGACAAAGUAAAACCUUCGACGGCGGACGGUCUGGCCAAUGGAGAGGAGCCGUCGGCGGCUGAGGAGGCGGCGGUGGCCCUGGCGGCGAAGGAGGCGAAAGGAGGAACCAUCAAGUUCGGUUGGGUCAAAGGAGUCUUGAUCCGCUGCAUGCUGAACAUCUGGGGUGUGAUGCUCUUCAUCAGAAUGUCCUGGAUCGUUGGACAGGCUGGAAUCGGACUCACCAUUGCGGUCAUUCUGAUGGCCACUGUGGUCACCACCAUCACUGGUCUGUCAACUUCUGCGAUAGCAACAAACGGCUUCGUACGAGGAGGAGGAGCGUACUACCUGAUCUCCAGGAGCCUGGGGCCGGAGUUCGGAGGCUCCAUCGGCCUCAUCUUCGCCUUCGCCAACGCCGUGGCCGUGGCCAUGUACGUCGUGGGCUUCGCGGAGACGGUCGUUGAGAUGCUCAGCGACGUCGACGCCCUGAUGACCGAUGAGCUCAACGACAUUCGCAUCGUCGGGACUCUGACCGUCAUCCUGCUGCUGGGGAUCUCUGUCGCUGGAAUGGAGUGGGAAGCCAAGGCUCAGAUCGUGCUCCUGGUGAUCCUGCUGGCCGCCAUCGCUAACUACUUCAUAGGAAGCUUCAUUGCAGUAGAGAGCAAAGAGCCAAAAGGAUUCUUCGGCUAUAGUUCUGCCAUCUUUUUAGAGAACCUGGGUCCGGACUUCAGAGACGAGGAGACGUUCUUCUCGAUGUUCGCCAUUUUCUUUCCCGCGGCCACCGGGAUCCUCGCCGGAGCCAACAUCUCCGGAGACCUCGCGGACCCUCAGUCAGCGAUCCCUAAAGGUACCCUGCUGGCCAUCCUCAUCACAGGAGUUACCUAUGUGGUCAUCACCAUCUCUGCAGGCUCCUGCAUCGUGCGGGACGCCACCGGCGACCACAACGACACGGUGAGCGACACGGUGAACUGCACCGACGCCGCCUGCACGCUGGGCUACGACUUCUCCAUCUGCAAGGAGGGCGGCUGUCAGUACGGCCUGAUGAACGACUUCCAGGUGAUGGGUCUGGUGUCGGGCUUCGGUCCUCUGAUCUCCGCGGGGAUCUUUUCUGCCACUCUGUCGUCGGCUCUGGCCUCGCUGGUCAGCGCGCCCAAAGUCUUCCAGGCUCUGUGCAAGGACAACAUCUACCCGGGGCUGGGAAUGUUUGCAAAGGGUUACGGGAAGAACAACGAGCCUCUCCGCGGCUACGUGCUAACCUUCUGCAUCGGCCUGGCCUUCAUCCUCAUCGCGCAGCUGAACGUCAUCGCUCCGAUCAUCUCCAACUUCUUCCUGGCCUCGUACGCUCUCAUUAACUUCUCCGUGUUCCACGCCUCCUUGGCCAACUCGCCAGGGUGGCGCCCCAGCUUCAAGUACUACAACAUGUGGGUGUCUCUGGCCGGGGCGGUGCUGUGCUGCGUGGUGAUGUUCGUCAUCAACUGGUGGGCGGCGCUGGUCACGCUGCUCAUCGUCCUCGCGCUCUACAUCUACGUCAGCUACAAGAAGCCUGACGUGAACUGGGGCUCCUCCACUCAGGCUCUGAUCUACAAUCAGGCUCUGACUCACUGCAUGAACCUCACCGGAGUCGAGGACCACGUCAAGAACUUCAGGCCUCAGUGUCUGGUGCUGGCCGGUUACCCGAACGCCCGCCCCGCCCUGCUGCAGCUGGUCCACUCCUUCACCAAGAACGUGGGCCUCAUGGUGUGCGCCCACGUGAGGACGGUGACCCGGAGGCCCAACCUGAAGGAGGUGUCCCAGGAACACGCCCGCUGCCAGCGGUGGCUCAACAAGAAGCGCCUCCAGGCGUUCUACACCCACGUGUUCUCUGACAGCCUGAGGCACGGGGCCCAGUUCCUCAUGCAGGCUGUGGGUUUGGGGCGACUGAAGCCCAACACGUUGGUCAUGGGUUUCAAGAACAACUGGAGUGAUGGAGACAUGCGGGACGUGGAGGUCUACAUCAACACCAUACACGACGCCUUCGACCUGCAGUUCGGCGUGGCCAUCCUUCGCCUGCAGGACGGCCUGGACGUGUCCCACAUCCAGGGUCAAGACGAGAUUCUGACGACCCACGAGAAGCCGGCGAAGGAGGUGGUGGUGUCUGUCACUCUGACCAAGGACUCCGACUCCGACUCCUGUCCGUCAAAGACCACCAGCAGCCAGAGCAGCCCGCUCAUCGUGAGAGCAGCUGCAGAGACCAAGUGUCCUCUGAGCCUCAGCGACCAGCGGCUGCUGGAGACCAGCCAGCAGUUCAAGAGGAAGCAGGGCAAAGGAACCAUCGACGUCUGGUGGCUGUUUGACGACGGAGGGCUGACGCUGCUGAUUCCCUUCCUGCUGACCAACAGGAGCAAAUGGGGCGACUGCAGGAUCCGCGUCUUCAUCGGCGGGAAGAUCAACCGCAUCGACCACGACCGCCGAGCCAUGGCCACGCUGCUCAGCAGGUUCAGGAUCGACUACUCGGACAUCCACGUCCUCGGAGACAUCAACACCAAACCCAAGAAACACAAUAAGCUGAGCUUCAAGGAGCUCAUCGAGCCGUACAGGCUGAAGGAGGACGACAUGGAGCAGGAAGCUGCAGAGAGGCUGAAGGCCCAGGAGCCCUGGAGGAUUACCGACAACGAGCUGGAGCUCUACAGGGCCAAGAACAACCGUCAGAUCCGACUGAACGAACUGCUGAAGGAACACUCGAGUGCAGCGAAGCUCGUCGUCAUGAGCAUGCCUCUGGCCAGGAAGGGCACGGUGUCCAGCGCCCUCUACAUGUGCUGGCUGGAGACGCUGUCCAAGGACCUCCCACCUCUGCUGCUGGUCCGGGGAAACCACCAGAGUGUGCUCACCUUCUACUCCUAACA